AUGGGGGACAAUAUACCUGGAGGAAUUGUAGCAGCUGCAAAGAACCGCCUCCAAGUGGUGAAGGGCCUGGAGGAUGUGGAGGUGUCUGAAUGCGAGAGCUGUUGCUUUGAGGUAACCCUCAACCUAGCUUACAUAGAAGGCACUUGGACAAGGGAUGGGAUGCAGGUUAAAUCUAAGCCUAACUGUCGCAUCAGUACACAUGGGAAAAAACACUCCCUUAAGCUGAACCGGGUGACUUUGGGAGAUGCCGGUGUAUUCUUUUUCCAAGCCAACGGUGUUCAGACCUCAGGGCAACUCAGUGUCAGAGCUCGAGACAUCCAUAUUGUGAAAGAAUUGGAGGAUGUUGAUACGACUGAACGCCAGCCUGUGACCUUUGUCUGUGAGGUCAACCUGGUGGAUGUGGAUGGUCGGUGGUACUGUGAUGACUGCCGGAUCAGACCUGGAGACAGCGUCAAAAUCAGACAUCAGGGUAAAACUCACACCCUGUCCUUCAAGUCAGUCAGACCAGAACAUGCAGGAGAGAUCCGAUUCACUGCAGAGCGAGUCUCAUCUUAUGCAUCUCUCAGUGUAAAAGAGCUCCCAGUCCUAAUAGUACGUCCUCUAAGGGUCAAGAUUGCUAUGUAUCACCACCGAGGUCUGUUAGAGUGCCAGGUGUCACGACCUAAUGCUCAAGUUAAGUGGUACAAGAACAGAAGGGAACUCCUGCCCAGUAGGAAAUAUCAACUAGUCAGCCAAGAUGUUUACAGGCAGCUGACCAUUGAAGAUGUCUGCUCCUCCGAUGAAGAUACCUACACAUGUGAUGCAGGAGAUGACAAAACAUCAUGUCAGCUUCUGGUGGAGGAGCAGGCUAUCAGCAUAACAUGUGGCAUGAAGUCAGUGGAGGUGAUGGAGCCAGAACCGGCACUAUUUCAGGUAGAAACCAAUCUAAAGUCAGGGAGGCCCCCAAGAUGGACCCUGAAAGAUGAGGUCCUGGAGCCCUGUGCAACAGUGAACAUUGAGAGGGAGGGAACGCUCCACAGCCUCUGUUUCACAGCCACGGACAGCUCCAUGUCAGGGCCUGUGGUCUUUGUGGCUGGGAAGAGUCGUUCCACUGCUCAGCUCACUGUGAAUGAGCGACCUCUUCAGGUAGUUCAUCACUUGGAUGAUGUAGAAGCAAAAGAGAACAGCUCUGUGACUCUCAGCUGUAGGUUUGCCCCCUCUCCCAGGGUUGUGCGGUGGUUUAAAGGUCGCACAGCUCUAAAGGCCUCGAAUAAGUACACCAUGAAGAGAGAAGGGAGGCGAGCUGACCUUAUCAUUCACGGCUUGAUAGGGAUGGAUGCAGGGCAUUACCGCUGCAUGGCUGGAGGUUCUCAGAGCACAGCACAGGUGAAAGUAGAAUUGAAAACACUAAAGAUGGUAAAACAUCUUGAGCCUGUGGACAUUGAAGAGGAUGGCAUUGCCACCUUCUCAUGUGAGCUCAACUAUGUGGUUGCAAAUGUAGAAUGGCUCCUCAACAAUGUCCGGCUCUAUUCCAACGCCAUCAACAGGAUCCAGCACAUGGGCACAAUGCACUGCCUCACGAUGAAAAAGCUUCGGCCGCAAGAGAGCAAAAUUACCUUCAAAGCAGGUGUCCUUACAGAGACAACCUCCUUAAAGGUCAAGGAGCACCCAGCAGUGUUCCUUAGGUCUUUGGAAGAUGCAGCUGGAGAGGAACAAGGAGAUGUUUGUCUGCAAUGUGAAAUUUCCAAAGAUUCAGUAGUACCUAUUUGGAAGAAGAAUGGUGUGGUCCUGACAGCUGAUGACAGACAUGAGCUUCUGCAGUUUGGAAGGUCCAUGGCACUGAUUAUCCAUUCUCUGAGUAAAGAUGAUGCUGGACAGUACAGUUGUGAUCUGGGCACCAGUCAGUCUAAAGCUAAAGUGACAGUCCAUGACCUACAUAUCACCAUUGCCCAGCGAAUAAAGACAACUUCUGUUCUGGAGGGUGAAAGCUGUACUUUUGAGUGUCAUCUCUCUCAUAAUAUCGAUGCUGAGCCUUCCUGGACAAUUAAUGGCCAGGUGGUGGUUACCAACAGCCGCAUUCAGCUUAUCAACAAUGGCUGCAAGUAUCAGAUGACCAUCAGAGAUGCUUUACUUACUGACUCUGGCGAUGUGGUCUUUGCAGUUAAAGACCUAACCUGUAGGACCAUGCUAUUUGUCAAAGAGAAGCCAGUGCACAUCUUCAGGGACCUGCUGAAUGUCAAGGCUGUGCCUGGAGAGGAUGCAGAGCUGAGCUGUGAAAUCACCAAACCUGAAGUGACCAUCCGUUGGCUGAAAAAUGGACAUCUUAUUAGACAGAGCCCCAAAUAUGAAAUGAGUGUGGAGAAGAACCUGGCACGACUGGUGAUCAAGAAUAGCACCAUUAGAGACUCUGGAGAGUAUUGCUGUGAGGCAGAGGGUGUUGCCUCUCGUGCCAAGCUGGAGAUCAGAGAACUCCAGCACACAUUUGCAAAGGAGCUCAGAGACACUCGAGCAGAGGAAAAGGGUAAGGUGACCUUGGAGUGUGAGACCAGACGGCCAGCCAAGCGUGUGAUCUGGCUGAAAGGCAUGGUGGAGCUGAGGUCCGGCAGGAAGUAUGUCAUCAGGCAGAAGGGAGUGGUGCUCUCUCUAACCAUUAACUGUCUGGAGAAAUCGGAUACAGAUAUUUACACCUGUGAUGUUGGUACCAUGCAGAGCCGGGCACAGCUGACCGUGCAGGCCAUCCCAGCAGAGUUCACCCAGUCUCUGAAUGCUGUGGAAGCCAAAGAAGGAGAAGCUAUUACCUUAAGCUGUGAAUAUUCUCUGCCUGGAGUCCAGUUCCACUGGAGGAAAGGUUUAGAAAAUAUAAGACCUGGAGACAAGUAUCUGAUGAAACAGCGGAAGACGAUCAUCUCUCUCACCAUCAAAGCCCUGACAGCCGAGGACUCUGGACAGUAUACAUGUCAGUGCAGAGAACACUACACAACAGCUGCCCUCAAAGUUCACACUAUUCCCAUUACAUUCAUUCAACAGCUGAGGAACAUGCAGGCUGAGGAAGGCAGCAGCGUCAUAUUGCGUUGUGAAAUUUCCAAACCUGGAAUACCAGUUGAAUGGAGGAAAGGGAAUGAAUUGCUGAAGAAUGGGAUCAAGUACCAGAUAAGGAAAAGGGAGACGACAUUGGAGCUCCUGGUAUGGAAGCCUGUGCCUGAAGACAGUGGGGUUUACAGCUGCGUGUGUGCUGAUCAGAUGACAUCUGCUACCGUUAAGAUCACUGCUCUACCAGUCACUUUCAAGCACAAGCUGAGGAAUGUGUUGAUUGAGGAAGGCAACACUGCAACGUUACGCUGUGAGCUGUCCAAACCCGGUCACACCGUUGAGUGGAGGAAAAGAGGGAAUGAACUUAUCAGGAAUGGAGAGAAAUAUCACAUGCGGCAGAGAGACAUGCUUAUUGAACUGAGGAUCUUUGAUGUGGCCCUCGAAGACAGCGAUAUCUACACAUGCAUUUGUGGGGACAUAGAGACCACUGCCACUCUAACUGUGAAUGCCCUCCCUGUUACCUUCAAGCAAAAACUGAAGAACCUCCAAGUUGAGGAAGGACACAACAUUACGCUGCAUUGUGAGAUUUCUAAAGCUGGCGUUCCAGUGGAGUGGAGGCUUGGAGGAGAGCUGUUGGAGAAUGGAGAGAAGUAUCAGAUAAAACAGAGGGACACAGUCCUGGAGUUGACCAUCAGAGAUGCUGCACCAGAGGACAGUGGUGUCUACACCUGCGUGUGUAGAGAGCAGAAAACAAAAGCCACUGUAAAAGUGAUUGAACGGCCCAUUAAAUUUCUCCAGGAAUUGAAGAAUAUUCAGGUGCAGGAGGGCAAUGGAGUGACGCUCUGCUGUGAGUUGUCCAAACUGGGAGUUCCAGUGCAGUGGAAGAAGGGAGACAGUGUGCUCACCAGUGGAGAAAAGUACCAGGUGAAACAGAGUGGCUCCACAAUGGAGCUUCUCAUCAGGAAGAGUCUUCCUGAGGACAGUGGCACAUAUAGCUGUGUUUGUGAUGACAUAAAAACCACAGCAACUGUCAUUAUUACUGCAAUCCCAGUGACUUUUAAGCAGAAACUGAAGAACCAAGAAGCUGUGGAGGAGGGUCAAGUGACACUACGCUGUGAGCUCUCCAAACCAGGAGUGCUGGUGGAGUGGAGGAAAUAUGCACAGCUCCUAAAGGAGGGAGAAAAAUAUCAGAUUAAACAAGAGGGUCGGGUAGCUGAGAUGUUGAUUAGAAGUUUAACUCUCGCUGAUGCUGGAGAGUACUGCUGUUCUGCAGGACCGGUAGUGACAUCAGCUGACAUUAGAGUCAGAGCACUUCCUGUAACAUUUAAGCAAGGGGUUGAGAAUUUGGAGGUGAAGGAAGGAGACAAUGGAGUUUUCUGCUGUGAGCUCUCCAAACCUGGAGCUCCCGUAGACUGGAGGAGAGGCAGAGUCAUCCUAAAGCCUGGUUACAAGUAUGAGAUGAAACAGGAAGGACAUUUCACCAAACUGAUCAUCAACAAUGUGGAGGAGAGUGAUGCUGGCAAAUACACCUGCAAGACCGAAGACAGCCAAUCAUCUGCUGAGCUCACAGUCAAAGCUCCACCCGUGACGUUUAAGACAAAGCUAAAGAACCAGCAGGUAGAGGAAGAGAACAGCGUGACCUUGACCUGCGAGCUGUCCAAGUCUGGCCUUGCUGUGGAGUGGAGAAAAGGAAAAGAACUGCUAAAGAAUGAUUUCAAGUACCAGAUUAAAAAUCACAAUGGCAUCAUGGAGCUGACCAUCAAAAACACACAACUUGAAGACAGUGGCCUCUAUAGCUGUAAUUAUGGAGAUGCCAAGACCACAGCCAAUGUGACAAUUACACCCAUUCCCCUUUCCUUUAAAAUGGGACUGAAGAACCAGGAGGCCCCUGAAGGAGGAAAUGUGUGCCUGCGCUGCGAGCUGUCCAAGGCUGGGGUGCCUGUGCAGUGGUGGAAAGGGGAGGACCAGGUUUAUCAUGGAGGAAGAUACCAGAUGACACUGAAGGGGAAAAUAGCUGAGAUGACCAUUCGAAACGUCCUGCCAGAGGACGUGGGAGAGUACAGCUGUGUUUUUGGUGGGCAGAAGACAACAGCUGAAGUGAAUGUGAGAGCGGCUGCAUCUGUUUUCUUUGAGAAGGAACUAGAGAGUCAAGCAGUGAUGGAGGGGAAAUCUGUGCUGCUUUCUUGUGAAGUUUCCAGUGCAAAUGUUCCUGUCACUUGGAAAAAAGACAACAUUGUGGUGGAAGAAGGAGAGCAUUAUAUAGUAAAGAAAAAGGGUCCCUUGCAUACACUGGAGAUUAAGAAACUGUAUCCAGAAGAUGCUGGGGACUACUGCUGUAUUACCAGAGGAAAAAAGACAACUGCCAAGCUGAUUGUGAGGGAGCGUGUUAGGAUUGUUAGAGAGCUGCAGGACAUAACAGUGACAGCGGGAGAGGAUGCUGUGUUCGUGUGUGAGUUGAGCCACGCAGAUGUGAGUGAGGGCAUCUGGUGGCUUGGCUCCAGCCCUCUGCAGAAGAAUGAGAUGAACCACAUGACAUGCCACGGUCGCCAGCACCGCCUGGUCCUCACCAUGACAACACCCGAGGAGACGGGCACUGUGGCAUUUGUAGUCGGGGAGGAGAGGACAUCUGCUCGUCUGCUAGUUGUUCCUAAGCCCAAAGUUUUAUUUGAGGAAAAGCCAAAAGACACAGUGGUGAUGGAAGGAGAGACAGCUACUUUGUGUUGCACUAUCUCUGACUUGAUCACCAUGGUUACCUGGAGACGCAACCAAAUCCCCCUUCGAAAUAGUGAUAAAUAUGAAAUACGUAAGGAGGGAAAGAUGAACCUGCUGCUUAUCCAUGAUGUUGAGCCCCAGGAUACAGGCAUAUACUCCUGUGAUACAGGAGAUGUGCAGAGCAGCGCCAAACUUACUGUAACAGAGCUUCCUCCGUUCUUCCAGGAAGAACUUCAGAGUGUGGAAGCUGAAGAAGGAGGUUCAUCUUCCCUCUACUGUGAGCUAUCUAAACUUGGAGUGCCAAUUCAGUGGAAGAAGGAUAGGCUGCCACUAAGAGCAAGUAGGAAGUUCGAAAUAAGGCAAGAUGGCUGCUUCCUACAGCUUUACAUUAAGGAGCUCAAGCUUGAGGAUGGUGGUACCUACUCGUGUCAGGCAGGAAGUGCAGAGACCACUGCAACAGUGACAGUGAAAGAGCUCCCUCCUUUCUUCAAGAAAGAAUUACGAAGUGUAGAGGCUCAGGAAGGAACUGCAGCCUAUUUGCAAUGUGAGCUGUCUAAACCUGGGGUGUCGGUGCUUUGGAAGAAGAACAGACUUCCGCUUAGAGCGAGCAAGAAAUAUGAAAUGAAGCAAGAUGGCUGCUUCGUCCAGCUCCUCAUCAAUGAGGUCAAACCUGAAGACAGAGGCAGCUACACAUGUCAGGCAGGAGGCACAGAGACCACUGCAACUGUCUCAGUGAAAGAGCUUCCACCAUGUUUUAAAAAGGAUCUGCAAAAUGUGAAGGCUGAAGAGGGAGGCAUAGCCUCGCUUUGUUGUGAGGUGUCCAAACCUGAUGUGUCUGUGCUGUGGAAGAAGAACAAACUGCCUCUGAAAGCCAGCAGGAAGUAUGAGAUGAAGCAAGAGGGCUGCUUCCUGCAGCUCAAUAUUAAAGAGCUCGAACUUGAAGAUGGUGGCAACUACACUUGUCAAGCAGGAAGCUUGGAGACCACUGCCACUGUAUCAGUGAAAGAGCACCCACCAUUUUUCAAAGAAGAUUUGAAAAACGUGGCCAUUGAGGAGGGAGGUACCGCCUCCCUCUGCUGUGAGGUUUCUAAGUCUGGGCUACCAGUACAAUGGAAGAGGAACAGGUUGCUACUGAGAGCGAAUAAGAAGUACGAGAUGAAGCACAAUGGCUGCCUCCUCCAGCUCCACAUCAAAGAUCUCACACUUGAAGACAGCGGCAGCUACUCUUGUCAAGCAGGAGCAGCAGAGACCACUGCAACAGUGACGGUUAAAGAGCUCCCCCCCUUCUUCAAGGAAGAGUUAGUUAGUGUAGAGGUUGAGGAAGGACAUAUAGCCACCCUGCGCUGUGAAGUGUCUAAACCUGGAGUGUCAGUGCAGUGGAAGAAAAACAAGCUGCCACUGAGAGCCAGCAGGAAGUAUGAGAUGAAGCAAGAAGGCUGCGUCAUCCAGCUCCACAUUAAGGAUCUCAAACCUGAGGACAGUGGAAACUACACAUGUCAAGCAGGAAGUGCACAGACCACUACAACUGUAACAGUGAAAGAGCUCCCACUAUUUUUCCAUAAAGAAUUACAACACGUAGAAGCAGAGGAGGGAGGUACAACUUCCUUGUUCUGCGAACUGUCCAAGCCUGGCGUGUCAGUACAAUGGAAGAAAAACAGACAGCCAGUAAGAGCAAGCAGGAAGUUUGAGAUGAAGCAGAAUGGUGGUGUUCUCCAGCUCAACAUCAGAGACCUCAAGCCCGAGGACAGUGGCAGCUAUACUUGUCAAGCGGGGAAUGUAGAAACUUCUGCAAAUGUGGUAGUGAGAGAACUUGUUCCAUUGUUCAACAAAGAAUUACAAAGUAUAGAGGCAGAGGUUGGUGGUAUGGCCUCCAUGUACUGUGAGCUGUCCAAACCUGGAUUGUCUGUGCAGUGGAAAAAGAACAAUCUACCACUGAAGGCCAAUAAGAAGUACGAGAUAAAACAGGAGGGCUGCUUUCUGCAGCUCAACAUCAAGGAGCUCAAGUGUGAAGACAGUGGUAGCUAUUCUUGUCAUGUUGGAGGUGCAGAGACCUCUGCAACUCUGCAAGUGAAAGCAGUACAACCAACUCCAAACACAGAAGCACCUACAAUACUACCAAAGAUGAAAGGCACUGUUUCCAAACCAACUCUUACCCCAGAGGAUGAGAGGCCCCUUUCUGAGGCCAAAUCUGUUCCUCCUGAGCCCAAAAGGAGGACUAACAGGAAGACAUCUAUUACUAAUUUAGAAAAAGACGUGGAGCCAAUUUUUGACCUCAAGGCGUCCAUGCUGAAGGAGACUAGUGAAGUCCAAAAGAGCAUUCGACCUGCAAAAUCUAUGGAAAAAGACUUUGAUGUUGCACAGAAUGUAACACAAGAGGAGAGGAAUAAAGAGAAAGAUGGCGAGAUGCACAAGAAAGCUGAUAAGCCAGUGAGACUACUAGAGAAGGAUUAUAGGGUUGACAGAAAGGUUGAUGAACCAGCUAGACCUUUGGGUACAGAAAAUGACAGUUUCUUGGCAAUGAGACAAUCAGGAAGGAAUUUGGAAGAAUUAGUUAAUUUUGGCCUUGAAGCAAGACAGUCAGACAAUGUUAUGGGCAGCACUCUGGAUGAACUGAGAGAAAAGGAAAAUGAAACUGACCUGAAAGAGCAAGGAAAGCCUUCAGGGAAAAUGACUAAAGUUGAGCAGAAGGUGAAGCAACCAGAAAUAACACGGAGGAACAGUCAGGAUGAAAAACACCCAGUAAAGCCCCAAGAGAAGACCGAGGAGGAUGUAGCAUCUGCAGAAAAUAAAGCUGAAGUGGGCAAGAUAGCAGAGGAGUCUUUUAAACCACCAAUAAGAUCAAAGGGAAAGAUAAUGGAAAGAAAGUGUAUCUCAAAAGAAGCUGAGGAGACACAAGCAGUAAAGACUACACCAAAUGAUUCUGAGGAAGAGUAUAAAUGGAAAGAAAAGCAAGUGUCCACAGAAGCGCAAAGAGAGAAAAAGGCACUGAAAAUAAUACCCUCUGCUAAUCAACUGGACAAACAGCCAGUGGAACAAACAGAAAAACCUGAAGGAAAAGUUUCUGAAAUAGUUCCCCCAAAGCCACCUAUGAGGACUAAGAGCAAAGUAAAGAGAGUAAUGGAAAAACAAGUAUCCAGGGACACAGAGACAGAUCAAGAUGAGGAAAUGCUGACAAAUGUUGUGGUAAGAUCAGCUGAAGAAAAGCCAGUAAGAAAGCUAAUAAAACCAAUUGGAAGAGAGGUUGAAAUGAAACCAAAACUGGAGAGGAGCCAGUCCGUCACAGCCAACAGUGAAACAGUCGAUAACAUAAAGCAGCCAAUAAAACAGCCAGUUAAACCCAUGCAAAAAGAGCCUGAAGCACACCAGAAUAUCAAGUUGGCAGUUGAGCCAAUUAGAAGAAGAGAAGAGCAACAAAUGCCAAAGCAGGCAGAAGACAUUCCUCUUCUAUACAUUUCUGAAGAUGAAACUUUCUCAGAAGCUUUGACUGAGCUACCCACUAAUCAUGUCCAACCCCCUGUCUGCAUUGUUGAUGAGCAAACUGAAGAGCUGCCACUACAGAAGACACAGUCAUGUGAUAUUUCUCCUGCAGAGAUUGGGAUCAACAUAGAGGAUGAACCCCAAAUGCAAGAGGCUGCAGUCAAGAUCCAGGCUGCCUUUAAAGGCUACAAGACCCGGAAAGACAUGCGACCAGUCUUUAAAGAGGUUUUCAAAAACCAAAAUGCAGAUCUCCAUGGUACCCUCAGUCUAAAGUGUGUUGUAGAAGGAAAACCCAGCACUAUUCAUUGGCUCAAAGAUGGCCAACAAAUUACUAAUGAUCAGCGAAACAGGAUUAAAACUUCAGAGCAUGGAGAAUGUACACUUGUGAUCAAAAACAUGGCUAACAGUGACACUGGAGUUUACACUUGUGAGGUAGCGAAUAAGUUUGGUGUGACCUCUUACAAUGGAAACAUAACAGUUGUACAGACUGUGCAACCUUCUCCUGCCGCCCAGAAGCCUAUACACCCACCACUUGCAGCCAUAACUCCUUUGCAGCUUGCUCCAUCAAAGUCUGAAGCUCAGGCCAAAACCCAAGGUCUCGCUUCAGAACCAGAUGCUAAAAAUUAUGUAGAAAGCAUGAGUGUAUCUCUAUGGGAGGCCUACAACCUGACAGAGCAGGACACUCAAACGAGCCUACAGGAAGGAAGAAGAUCUUCAAUCAUUGCUGUCAGCUCAAUGUCCAGUCCCUCUGAUUAUGACACCGCUCCAGACAUAAUGGAACCUAUCCAGACUGGUCCAGCCAUGCCGAGGGAAAUACCAAAAGCCGCAAAACCAGCAGACCAAUUACCUGCAAAUGAGAAUAAGAAACAGCUAGCUGCGCCACAAGCUCCAAAGAAAUUACUGAUGGUCAAAGGGCCUCCUGAUAGUAAAUUGAGGACACCAUCUCCAAAACACCAUCGUGCCCACACACCCAUAACUAGCACUGCAUCUGGAUCUGAGUCAGAGGGGGAUGAGGACAGGCGAGAGACAUUUGAGAUGUAUGUGGCUCGAGCUGACUGCAGCCCUAAUAGUGGAAUUAAGGACAGUUUUGUUCUGAAGGAGGGUCAGUUUGUGGAGGUCCUGGACUCUGUUCAUCCCGACAGAUGGCUGGUGAGGACCAAACCCACAAAAACUAACCCUGCACGACAGGGAUGGCUGUGUCCAGCCUAUUUGGAGAAGAAGAGAAAGGAGACCUUCCCACAAUUAAGAGCUCCUCAAGAAGAUCUUGAUGGAAUUGGGUCUACAGGAGAGGAGUACAGGAGAGCUCUGAGUCAGCUGAUCCAAGGCCUAAUAGAUGGAGAAGAGGAGUUUGUAAAGGCGAUGAAGAUGUUUAUCUCUCAUCAGCUGAAUUAUUUGGAUUCAAGCACCAAUGUCCCCAUUAACAUCCUCAACCAGAAAGAGAUCAUUUUCAGGAACAUGAAGGACAUUGUGUUUUUACAUGAACGUUCUAUCCUCCCUGGUCUGAAAGAAUGUGUUACAGAUGAUGAUGUUUCCAUGCAUCUGAUCAAGCACACUGAAGACUUUGAGAAGUACCUUCACUACAUGGUGGGACAAACACAAGCAGAGGCCUGCGUCAGUGACAAGACUGUCCAGCAAUAUUUCAAACAAUUAGCAGGAUCUGUUGGGUCUGACGCCUCUGCCAUGGAUGUCCUUACUUUCCUCCAGCAGCCAGUAGAGAGGAUUCAAACCUACCAGGCUUUAUUGAAGGAGUUGAUAAAGAACAAAGCUAAGAGUGGCCAGAGCUGCUAUUUGUUGGAAGACGCCUUCUGUAUGGUGUCCUGCUUACCCUGGAGGUCUGACAAUCUGCAUCAGGUAUCUCUCAUAGAAAACUACCCAGCGCCUCUCACUGCCCUGGGUGAGGCAGUGCGACAGGGUGUUUUUACAGUGUGGGAGGAAUCUCCAGAAAUAAAAACUGCCUCUAGAGGGCAUCAGAGACAAGUUUUUCUCUUCAGGGACUGUAUUGUUUUGUGUAAAGUGAAAAAAGACACCAGCAUGAACCGGGACACAUACAUCUUUAAGAACAAAAUGAAGCUGAAUGAUGUGGAAAUAAAGGAGACUUUGGGUGGAGAGGAAAGGUCUUGGGGGUUGUGGCAUGAACACAGGGGAUCCAUUCGUAGAUAUACACUCCAGAGUCAUUCCACACUUGUGAAACUCUCCUGGCUGAAAGACCUGAAGGAGCUGCAGCAACGCUCCAGCCAGCUCACCAACAGCCCUCCUGUCUUUGAAACACAGUUGUGUGAUUUUACAACAAUGAUUGGGCAGACGAUCAAACUGACCUGCAAAGUCUCUGGAUUGCCAAAACCAGUUAUCAGCUGGAUAAAAGAUGGUCUUCCUUUGGAGGAUGACCCGCGUCACAUCAUUACAGCAGACCGUUCGGGAAUGUGCAGUCUCAUCCUGGACAGUCUCACUGCUGAGGACUCUGGACAGUAUGCCUGCUACGCUACCAGCUCCAUGGGCAGUGCCGGCACUCUGGCUAAGGUGGUGGUGCAGGCUGCACCCCGGUUUGUGAGUCGACUGGAGAGUGCUUGUUUGAUAGAAGGAGAGGAUAUCCAGUUCUCUUGCUCCACACUUACCACACCUUUACCACGAAUCAGAUGGUUGAAGGAUGGUAGAGAGUUAACUGACCACCUUAAAUAUUUGAUUGUAAAUGAUGCUCGCAGUGGAAUCCUGUCUCUGACAGUCAUCAGGGCAACAGAGACAGAUAUUGGGCAGUAUGAGUGUGAGCUUUGGAAUGAACUUGGCUGCGUCAAAUGCAAAGCAGGUAUGUGUCCUGCCUUUGUCCCGCCAACUGACAAUGAGAAUGACCAGCCGCAGGACUUACCUGCUAAAGAUGCUGACUCUGAGGGCUGGUCCACUGCUUUUGUCAAGAAAUGGUUACAGACUGAUUUCAGUCCCACCUCUAUUGCCAAGAUGAUUUUCCCUCCAGAUUACUCUGAACAUGCUGAAGAGGAUGUUCCCACCUCUGCAUCCGAUCAUGUGGUAAGGCAGCCUCCGUGUUACCAAGAGGAAGAAGAGGAGAUCUUCAUCUCAGAACCAAUGCAGGAAAUUACAGAUGCUCCUCCAUCCAUCCAAGUCCCCACAGAGGACAUGUGUGUUGAACCAGGCCAACCCGCAACAUUUACAGCCAUUAUAACAGGAAGACCUACUCCUAAGAUACAGUGGUACAAGGAUGGAGAGGCGCUUGCAGCUAAUGAGAAUUUGAAGAUUGUUCAGCAUGGUGCUCGCUUCUCUGUGACCAUAGUGUGCCCCGAGGGUGAGGACAGUGGCAUAUACACCUGCUUUGCCUACAAUGACUCUGGUCACACAUCGUGUGAAGCUCAGCUUACAGUUGAAGAAGUUCCAAUUGAGUCUCAGGAGAAAGAGGUGGAGCUGGGGAAGAGAAGGAAGUUAUUUUCUGUCUAUGAUAUCCAUGAGGAAAUUGGAAGGGGAACUUUUGGGGUGGUAAAGCGUGUCAUCCACAGAAGGACAGGGGAAGUUUUUGCUGCCAAGUUUUUGCCUCUCCGAAGUAGCACUCGGACCAGGGCCUUCCAGGAAAGAGACUUGCUCUCCCGCCUGGCUCACCCUAGGGUGGCCUGUCUGCUGGACUUCUUCUGUACCAGACGGACACUGGUGCUUAUCACAGAAAUGUGCUGCUCUCAUGGACUUGUGGACCAUUUAUUACUGAGAGGCUCUGUCUCAGAAAAAGAGGUUCAGUCAUAUAUCCAACAAAUUCUUGAAGGGGUUGGUCAUAUUCACAGCAUGAACAUCCUGCACCUGGACAUUAAACCUGAUAAUAUUUUAAUGGUGUAUCCUCCAAGAGAUGAGAUCAAGAUCUGUGACUUUGGCUUCUGCCAGGAAAUAGACACAUCGCGACACCAGUAUAGUGUGCUUGGUACACCUGAGUUUGUUGCACCUGAGAUCGUUCAUCAAGAACCCGUCACUGUGGCCACUGAUAUUUGGGCUGUGGGCGUCAUUACUUACCUCUGCCUGGUGUGUCGAUGUCCUUUUAUGGGCGAGACUGACCGUGCAACGUUGCUGAGGGUUGGGGAGGGGACUCUAAACUGGGAUGCACCAGACGUCAUGUGCAGGAGCCCUGACGCUAUAAAUUUUCUCCAUAUGGUCCUUCAGCCAGAUCCAGAGAAGCGGCCAUCUGCUUUUGAGUGUUUAAGCCAUGAGUGGUUCCAGGAUGAACAUGCAGGUGAAGAUACUGAUGAGAUCAACACAAAGAGUUUAAAAGUCUUCAUGUCUAAAAGGAAAUGGCAGCGUUCUUUGACUUCCGUUGGUUCAGUGCUCACAUUGAGGUCCAUUCCUGAGCUGCUAGAUGCUCCUCUCAGGGAGGCUUCAGUGACUGUGCCCCGGGAGCCCCAAGAGCACAGCAGCACCUCCCCGAGCAGUGGCUCCUCCUCUGAGUACGAUGAAGCCGACUCCUGGGACUUUUUCCAACAGUGCAGCCAGACCGAGGAGGAGGAGGAAACAGAGGAAGAAUAUGAUCCCUUAAUGGAGAGGGCACAGAUCCCUGAGCCUUUUGCCAAACACCACCUGGAUGAAGAGGAGGAUGAGGAUGGGACAUUAGGGGAGGAAGAGGAUGGGGAGAUGGUGGAGAGGAGGAGUGUAAUAGAGCGGAGUUUGAGCAGGCAGUCACUUGCAUCAUCAACAACAACAGAUCAAAUGACGCCUCAGUGGGAGCGUCGCCUCCACAAAGACAGCAAUCUGUCUCUCUACAUUUCUGAUGGGGAUGAGGGUUCAGGGAGUGAUGGAGGCCGUAUCCCUCGAGGCAGUGUUAUCCGAAGCACCUUCUAUAACACUUCUCAUCAACUUUCUCCUAUGUCUGCCCGACAUAUGACUCUACGGGACAAAUUCCAGGCCAAAAAGCAGGAGAGAGGCCGCAAGCCCCUCCGAAGAAGUUUCUCAGGGCGUCUCAAUGAACCUCUUAUUGAAUAUGUUGAGGAUGAAACUGAAAUCGGCCGUGGUCAGAGACGGGGAUCCAUUCAGCCCAGUAUGCAAAAGUCCUGUUCACUACCCCCUCACAGAAGGAGCAGGUCUCUAGAUGAGUAUUCUCGUCGAUCUCCCAGCUCACCCACGCGUACAACGACAAGGAAGGAAGAUGGCUCUCAGAGUAUGAAGGAGGACUUCACAGAUGAUGAGGUGGCAGAAAGAAAAUCACUGGCAAGCUCUCAGCGGACCACAAGAAGAAAAGGCUCUGUCACACCGGUACAAGGGACUCUCACAUGUACUGGACCAUCUCUUCCCUCAGAUUUCUUUGCUGGAGGCAAAAUGAAGACCAGGUUGGAUCAGGAGGAGACAGAAAGAGAUACUUUUGUCAGUUCCCAAGGAUCUUUGACUGAAUCUUUAAUUUUGGAGCAUGGUGGCUCUGAUUCAUCAAGUAGGCUGGGUUCUUAUGAGGAGCUAAGUCAUGGUCAUCUCAGAGGAAGAUACAAAUCAGGAGAGAGUGAUGGAUAUGAUGAUCAGGGAGAGCCCCUGAUUUCACCAUCCCCAUGCUUUUUUCAAGAAGUAAAAACCAGAAACUCAUUUCCACAGCCUCCACCUCGUAAUCGCACACGUUCUAAUCCCAAUCUAUCCACACACAGCAGAGGUCAGCCUGGGACUCCCUUAAUGCCCAGUCCCAGUCCUAGCCUCACAUCCCUACAGGCUCCUGAGAGGCCACCCAGGGCCAAAGACAGGAAAGAAGGCUCUGGCCUCCAGAGGCAUGCAUCUGCCCCAGCCCUUGAAGCCCGGCCUCCUACAGGAAAGUCACCUAAACUAGGACUUCUAAAGAUUUUUCGCAGGCAGUCCUGGACUGGCCAUUCAUAUUCUCAGCUGGAGGAAACAGAGUUAGGACCCACACUGGGACAGAUCAUGAAGCCUGAUACACCCACUAUGUCUCUGCGUAAGAAGAUGAGAGCUUCAGCUUCCAGUAUAACUAAACUGUUUUCCAGGUCUUCCAGUAAAGAAGACGUGAACAAAGGAGGGCCAAUAGUGAAAGGAUCGGCUCUGAUCCCACCCAAGAGGGAGCAUAACACUGGUCUUGAGAGUCCCCAAAAGAGAAGCUCCAAACUUUUACCAUCUUUCAAAAUACCCGCAUUUAAAAAGACAAAAGUCCGUCCCACCAAGGCUGAAGUGUUGCAGUUAGAUGGGGGUGGAGUCCUGCUGGUGUGGAGGCCUGUUCAGUCCAGUGACCCCAUCACUUACUGUGUACAGUAUUGUACAGACGGUGGGGAGUGGACAGUGCUGUCAGAUGAGGUGAAGGACAGCUGCUACGUGGUGAAGGACUUACCCAGAGGAGCUUCUUAUGUGUUCAGGGUGGGCUGCAUCACAAAGGCUGGAGCAGGACCUUUCAGUGAGGCUUCAUCUCCAGUUGUCAUGGCUACCCAUCCUGAAGAGAUCCACAUUCCUCUCAUUCAGACUGAGUUGCUUGGGUCAAAGAUCACUAGAUCAGAAUGUCAAACAACAAGCAGGAGCUUCAGCUUCCUCUCUGAGAUAAACAGGGGUCGAUUCAGCAUAGUAACUAUGUGUAGAAAUAUUGAAACCAGCCAGGUGUUUGCAGCUAAGAUCACCCCUUACCAGGCCGAGCAGAGACAGUUGGUUGUGCGUGAGUACCAGCUGCUGAGGAGGCUUCAUCACCCUCACCUGGUUCAGCUGCACGCUGCUUUUAUCACCCCCAGCUACAUGGUGUUAGUGGAAGAGUUGUGUCCUGGCAAGGAGCUGCUCUACAGUCUGGCUGCAAGGGAGCUGUAUGCAGAGACUCACGUUGCAGAGUUGCUGGUUCAAAUCCUCAGUGCAGUAGACCAUCUUCACAGCCGCCGAGUCAUCCACCUGGACCUGAAGUCUGACAACAUGCUGGUGGAUGAUUGCAACCACCUGAAGAUAGUUGACUUCGGCUCGGCUCAGCCCUUUAUACCCGGCCAGCCUCUCAAUAUUGAGCACAUCCAUGGCCUCUCAGACAGUAAAGACUGCUGCAGCAAAGUUUAUAUAGUCCUUCCUAAAGCCCCAGAAAUCCUAGAAGGUCAGGGGGUGGGCCCUGAGACUGACAUCUGGGCUAUCGGAGUCCUGUCGUUCAUCAUGCUGAGUGCAGACAGCCCAUUUCAUGCAGACCUCAGCUGGGAGCAAGACAGAAACAUCAAGAAAGGGAAGAUCCAGUUUGGUUGCUGUUACCCUGGUCUUUCCGAGGGAGCCUUAAACUUUAUGAAGAGCAGCUUGAAUAAUAAAUCCUGGGGGAGACCUACUGCAGCAGAAUGUCUCCAGAACCCGUGGUUGCGUGCUCAUCGUACCCCACACAAAGCCCGACACUCCAAAGUGUGUUUCUCCACAGACAAGCUCAAGGCUUACCUCACACAGAAGGAGGAGAAACGAGAUCAAGUGUGCACAAAGCUUCCGGGUCCCUUCUUCCAGUGAAUUUUGUUGCAAAAAUGACAAAAUAAAUAAAAAAAACCCUAAAAACCC